GGGAAGAGAAAUGGCUGCAGUGGAGUCAGUCCAGGGGCUGGUGACCUUCAAGGAGAUGGCUAUGUAUUUCACCAGGGAAGAGUGGGCUCUGCUGGACCCCACUCAGAGAGCCCUCUACUGGGAUGUCAUGCAGGAGAACUAUGAGACUGUGACCUCGCUGGGCCAGAGAAUAACAUCCAUGUUUCGCUGCAGAUCAUCUCGUCCUCCCAGGGGCAAGGAAAUGGCUGCAAUGGAGCUGGCUCAGGGGCCGGUGACCUUCGAGGAGGUGGCUGUGUAUUUCUCCAGGGAAGAGGGGACUCUGCUGGACCCCACUCAGAGAGCCCUCUACAGAGAUGUCAUGCAGGGGAACUAUGAGACGAUGGUCUUGCUGGGUAAGGAUUCCUGUCCCUUCUGUUCUUGGAAGGGGAAAUGAAGAGUGAAGGUUCAUGCCACCCCCACAAUGCCAUCUGUACCCUGUCCUGUUUCAGCAUCACCCCAAUAGGCCAGUAACAUACAUACUACCAGAGACCCUCCUCUG